AUGGCCACCCUCCCUAGAUCUGCUCGAAAUCCUUCAGGGUCAAGUGCAAUCGCACAACGUCCUGUGUCCGAUUUUGACGCUGGAAUAAACACGUCGGCGGCGUGGACGGAGCAUCUCGAAGGCGGCACGACUCCUGCACCCUCGUUUUCAAAAGCACAUUCCAAGAAGUUUCUUUCCGAAUCCAACGUACCUCUGUCGUUGUCAGAUGACGAAGUGGGUGACGAUCCGGAAGAGAUCACGCGCCCUGCUCGCGCGUUGUACAGCUUUGAAGGCAAGGCGGAGUUCAGAGAGCUGACAGUGGAGGCAGGAGACGAGCUCGAGGUCAUCAAGGAAGACGUUGGAGAGGGCUGGAGCCUUGUCAGGGAUUGCACUGGUGAGAUUGGGCUUCUUCCCCAGAGGUAUUACACGCUGACCCAAGAUUUUACACCUUCGCCUGACCUCCAGCUAGAUGUUGUGCCGCAGACGAAGAGGAGAGAAGCAUCUAGCUCAUCCAUCACCCCGCGUGGUUCUCCACGAUCAUCCCAAUCUCAAACAUCGCUUCCACCCUUGAUCCCGCAGAGUACAGGCGAAUGGCUGCCCUACUUUCCGAGCUUCCGGCAAAGUCUCCUGGGGGGCAAAUCCCUCAAUCGAUUCUCCAGUUUUGUGACCAGCGGAGCGGAGGCGUUCCUCCUGAAAGGCAGUCCCUCUCCGGAACCCUCUCCUGAUCCAAAACCGACCGGACAUGCUAGAGAGGACACUACAGCGUCCAUGGCUGAAACAGCUGAAGAAGAACGCUUCAAACUCAGUCUGCUGGGUCUGGGAGAAGCUGACCGACAUUUCAUCGACUCAGGUCCUGCGGGGCCGUCCUGGCGUGCCAAGACACCUUCCUUUAGCGUCCUCGUCCACUCGCCCUCGAAAAGGACGUCUGGCCUUUCAGGCGCAUACACGUUGUACAGCGUCACCUCGAUCUUCCCUUCCUCGCCACCCUCUGCGACGACUGUGGACUGGGUUGAGGUUCCUGACCCAGACGAUGUACACCCUCCGUCACCGACUGGUCCAAAUGACGGCGAACAGACGACAAGAGUUACAGUGCAAAGACGUUUCUCGCAUUUCGUGAUGCUGCACACGGUGCUCUCGCGGCGACUACCCGGUAUCGCAUUGCCACCGCUGCCAGAGAAGCAGUAUGCAGGGAGGUUCAGCCAGGACUUCGUGGAGGCACGGAGAGGGGACUUAGAGAGGUACCUAAACAAGGUUGUUCGGCAUCCUGUUCUACGGUAUGCAGAAGUCGUGACUUUCUUCCUUGGAUGCGAGAGUGAUAGCGAAUGGAGCCGUCUUCUUCCCAAGCAUCUCUCCGCACCAGCAGCUGGGCCAGCUUUCUACGCCAGGGUAUACCAUCCAGCGUUCAAUGUCGACUUGGAAGAUGCCGACGACGCCAUCUAUUCCUUCCAGACGCACGCUCGAGCUGUAGGCAAGGGCGUGCAAGGUCUUCGCAGUGUCUUUGGGCGUGUACGAGAAGCCAGAGUCGAGAUGUCCAAAGCCGAACGGCUGCUUUCGUACUCCCUCCUCUCUCUCAUCACGUCAAAGCCGUUGGCAGCGGCUCCAGCGACAGGUGCAACACCAGAUGAAGAGGGCGACGCUUCUAGUCCACAUGAGAAAGUUCGUGAUAAGCAAAAGGGCUUAGUGAAUAAGGAUGGUGCAUGGUGUUGGAGAGAAGGGUGCACUGAGUGCUUAAAGCUCUCGAAAGCGGUGCAGAAGACGUGCGAAACGUUACAGACUGUGGCGAACCUUUACGAUAGCCACGCUCGCCGUAUGCAGUUAGCAACACACGAAUCAUUAAAGCUGAUGGCACACCCUUCGUCCUUAUAUGAGAGCGUCAUUACGACACACAAGUCGACUUUGACUCGAUAUCGUGAAGCCAUAGGUAGCAACAACCCUGCUGGAUUACCAUAUGCUGAUGGAGACGUCGCAGGCAGAUGUGAAACGGUGUUAAACACGACUAUGGCAGAGAUGGACGCAUAUCACGGCCAGAAGGUGGCUGAUCUUAAAACAGUCGCGGUAGACCAUCUGGACGGCGAGAUCGCCUUCUAUCGACAGAUCCUGACCCGUCUCAAAGCUGCUCGAGCGACCUACGACGACCCCCAAUACGCAGACCUCGGCCACUCGCCGCGUCUGCCCUCCAUUUACGAGAAGGACCUUUCCUUCGACCCGUCCAACCCAGGGCACUCGGCCACGAAUCCCAACUUGCACCCGCAGCCACUGCCUCAGCCAUGCCCCCAUGUGUACGAUUCGGCGCCGAUGCGUCCUGUUAGUGUUGCAAUCCAGGAAGGGGUUGGGAUGUUUCUUGGAGAUGGGAGCGGGAAGAGCGGAUUGUUUGGGAAGUUUUGGUGA